GCAGCCCGCUCCUCCCCGUGAGGAAGCGGAAGGUUCGGGGUGCCGGGAUUCCCGGUGCCCGCUCCUCCCCGUGAGGGAGCGGAAGGUUCGGGGUGCCGGGGCGGCCCCGCUCCCGCUGCCAUGGCGCGGCCGCCCCGCCGCGGCUGAGGGAGCCGCCAUGGCCGCCGCGCUGCGGGCCGCGCUCUGCAGCGGGCUGCUGCUCCUCGUUUCUGGAAUGGUCCCAGCUCCCCAGAACGUGAGGAUUACUUCAGUCAACCUUCACAGCACCUUGCAGUGGGAUGCACCAAGCUUCCCCAGAGGGAACCUCACCUACACCGUGCAGUCCAAGAGCAUCUACUACCCCGGGGACACCUUUGAGACGCUGAGGACGGAGCUGAGGCUGCCCCAGUGUGACGUGUCCUCGCUGUCACCCUACGGCAGCUACGUGCUGCGGCUGCGCGCCGAGGCGGGGCGGCUGCGCUCCCCCUGGGUCACCCUCGCCUUCAAGCCCAUGGAUGACACCUCCAUCGGUGCCCCCGAGGUGCGGCUGCGCUCGGACGCGGGGGCGCUGCACGUGGAUGUGUCGGGGCCCUUUGCAGAGCACGAGCAGGACCGCUGGCCCCUGCGGCUCUACUACGGCUCCUGGAGGUACAGGAUCCUCUACUGGAAGAGGGGCAGCACAGACACAGACCCGGCCUCUGCUUCCGGGGUGGCCGAGGUGCACAGCAGGCACGGCUCGGAGGUGCUGGCCCCCCUGCAGCCAUGGACGGUUUACUGCGUGCGCGUGCAGGCGCUGGUGCCCGAGUGGAACAAGACAGGCCAGCUGAGCAGGGAGCUCUGCGAGCAGACAACCCACAAUGGUGUAACCCCUGUGUGGAUAAUUGUGACUGUUCUGGUGGGGUCCAUGCUGGUCGUGGGCACAGCUGUCACUGGUUGUUUCUUCUCCAGUUUUUAUCUGUACAGACUCACCAAACAUGUUUUCUUCCCUUCCUACGUUUUCCCACAACACUUGAAAGAGUUCCUGAGCAAGCCCCCCAGUGCUCCGCAGCCCUUCCCUCCUCGAGAAGAGCUCCUGGUUUGUGACAAGCUGACAGUGAUUUCAGAGCCAUCCCACCCCCUCCCUGAAGGGACAGGGGCUGAGGGGACACCAGGGCUCCCUCAGGACCCUGCACAAGGACACUCCACCUCAGGAGCAGCCUCAGGAGAAGCCUGAACAUCCUCCUCGUUCUUCCUGGGAAAAGGAGAAGCAAAUGGACUUUGGGUUUAUCUCACUGCUGCUCUCCAGCAGGAAAAACCCACAGCCAAACACGGGGUCACAGACUUUUGACAGAAGCAUUUUAUUUUUAUAAGUACAAGAAACUUGGCUCUAAAUGAGGAAUUAAAAGAUCCAUAACUUUUGCCACUGUUGGUUGUGGCUCCCUGAGGAGUUGUAGCAAUUCUGGCACUGAUUAUGACACUAAAAAGGAAAUGUCAUAUUUGUAUAUAAUACUAAUUAAUUUAAUUUUGAUGAACUAUUUAUUGCAAAAAGUAAUCAAAACGUUUAGAAAAGAAAAUAGUAUUUUGUAAGGAAUGACCUGAUCUGGUUUAUUUUUUUCUAAUGAGAAAUUUUGUAUUUUUAAGGAUAUCCCAGUGGCAUCAUCUUUCUAUGGAAUUUAUUCUUCCCUGAUGCAAAGUUGUGAAGUUUUAGGGUGGGAUGAACUGAUGUCUGUGGGAAACUUGGCAGCUGAAGUGGGAGUUAAAUCAGGUUCAUUUUAAUUAUCUGCUGAUGUGUGUUCUUAAUUUUCCCAACGCAGGGAGCUGUGACUCCCUGCUCCAAAGGCAGCCUCGCCUGCACAGGGGGCAAGGGGCAGGGACUGGGUUUGUGUCACUGCAUCACAGUGAGAAAUUAAAUUAAAUUCUGCCACCAAAAG